AUGACAAAGCACUUGGAGAUCAUCAAUUUGUCAUUUUUGUUGGAACAUGAAAGGGAAACAAUAUUGGGAGUGUUGAAGAGAGAUGAGUAUCUGAAAAAAGUUGAAGAUAAAAGGAUAAGGAAAUUGAAAAAUGAGCUUCUGGAAGUGAGAAGGAAAGGUGGAAACCGUCACUGUCAACAGGACAACAGCAGGGUUUGUGUUCGCUGUCAGAAAAGCCUGGGCUUUAUCUUUGGCAGAGGAGACCUGUGCCAAACCUGCAAACUUCGAGUUUGCAAUAAGUGUCGUGUCGUGGGAACCGACGGGCAGUGGAAGUGCUCGGUGUGUGCCAAGAUUGCUCAGCUACGGAUCGUGACAGGAGAGUGGUUUUUUGAAGAGAGAGCAAAGCGCUUCAAACAAUCAAAUCUUCUUGGAACUGAUGUUGUCAGACAGUCUAUCCUACGCAAAUUCCCAGAUACAGUUUCCAGUAAGGAUGAAGGAAGAACACUUAAAGAUCCGCCCCAAGAGAACGAAGAAAAAAGGCCAGAUGUAUCGGUCUCCUCCACAACUGGGCAUAAAUCAGUCUUCAGCAGACCUAGAAAGAUAGGGAAGGUAAUUAGGGCAGUUACCAAAGGAGAAAUUACAAUUGCAAAAGGUGAAGGUGAAAGGAACACAGGCUCAGAAGCUGAAACGCAAAGUCUGCGCAGUGGCAAGUCAACGCCUUGCUCUGAGAGAGGGAGCACCCUUUCACUGCACAGCAGCGAUGCAGAGGCCACCGCGAGCCAUCUGAAAGGGGCCGUGGGUCCCGUGAACAGAAGCAGUGUUUCCACAUCUUCUCUCCCGAGGUCUCCGGCACUGAGCACACGCAGCAUGACCGCAGACUAUAGCAGG